AUGCUAACGAUGGAUAAGUGCAGACACAUUGAGCAGUUGCAGCUUGCCCAAGGCCACUGCAUCCUCAACCCUCAGAAAUGGUACUGUAUGGACUGCCACACAACGGAGUCUAUCUGGGCGUGCCUCAGCUGUUCCCACGUCGCCUGCGGGCGCUCUAUGGAGGAGCACGCACUGAAGCACUUUCGAGAGAGCAGCCACCCAGUUGCAUUGGAGGUGAACGGCAUGUACGUUUUUUGUUAUCUUUGUAAUGAUUAUGUUCUAAACGAUAAUGCAUCCGGAGACCUGAAGUCCCUGCGACGUACGCUAAGUGCAAUCAAAAGUAAAAAUUACCCUUGUGUGGUCCCGAGUGGCAGGGUCGCGCAGCCCGUGGAUACACGUGACGAUUCUUACCCCCUGCACGACGGCAGCGCCCAGGCUCUGCCCGGAAGUGAAGAUCAAAUGGGCACCGCCCUUUGGCACAGGAGGAGGACGCUCAUGGGUAAAAUCUUUCGAACUUGGUUUGAGCAGUCACCCAUUGGAAGAAAAAGGCACGAACAGAUCCAGGAGAAAAUGGUAGCGAAAAGAGAAGUGAAGAAAAGGCAGCAAGAGUUGGAGCACCAGGCGAAGGCCGAGUUGGAGAGCACGCCUCCGCGCAAGAGUUUACGCUUGCAGGGCCUCAGCGAGGCUGCCGCGAUAGAAAUGGUUCCCGAGCAGGCGCCGCCACCCGCGCCCGCAUCACCAGCCAAGGAAAAAGCAGUGGUAGCCACCUCGGAAGACGGCAAACUGAAGAACGCAAGUGACUCCUUGAUGAAACGAAGGCCGGCAGUGACUCCCGGGGUCACAGGACUGAGGAAUUUAGGAAACACUUGCUACAUGAAUUCUGUCCUUCAAGUGUUGAGCCAUUUGCUUAUCUUUCGACAGUGUUUUUUAAAGCUUGACCUGAAUCAGUGGCUGGCCGUGGCUGCUAGCGAUAAGAGCCGACCCUACAAGCGCUCCUCCAUCACAGAUGCAGCGGCCCAUCAGGCGAACGAGGGCCACGAGAAAGACAAGGGCUUCGCGUGCGCCAAACAUCCGAGUCUGUCACCAGGCCUAAGCGGGGGUGCCACAAAAGGUCGAAACAUGGAACUUAUUCAGCCAAGGGAGCCGAGUUCACCCUACAGUUCUCUUUGCCAUGAACUACACACUUUGUUCCAAGUCAUGUGGUCUGGAGAGUGGGCCUUGGUAUCGCCCUUUGCUAUGCUUCACUCAGUGUGGAAACUGAUCCCGGCUUUCCGCGGCUACGCCCAGCAAGACGCCCAGGAAUUUCUCUGUGAACUUCUGGAUAAGAUACAGCGUGAGCUAGAGACCACGGGAACCAAGCUACCAGCUCUCAUCCCCACCUCCCAGAGGAAACUCAUCGAGCAAGUCCUGAACGUUGUAAAUAAUAUUUUUCACGGGCAGCUUCUUAGUCAGGUUACAUGUCUCGCAUGUGACAACAAAUCAAACACUAUAGAACCAUUCUGGGACUUGUCACUGGAAUUUCCAGAGAGGUACCAAUGCAGUGGAAAAGAUGCCACGUCCCAGCCAUGUCUCGUUACUGAUAUGUUAGGGAAGUUUACAGAGACAGAAGCUUUAGAAGGAAAAAUCUACGUGUGUGACCAUUGUAACUCAAAGCGUAGAAAGUUUUCAUCAAAACCAGUUGUACUCACAGAAGCCCAGAAACAGCUUAUGAUCUGCCACCUACCUCAGGUUCUCAGGCUACACCUCAAACGAUUCAGAUGGUCAGGACGUAAUAACCGAGAGAAGAUUGGUGUUCAUGUUGUCUUUGAGGAAACUCUAAACAUGGAGCCCUACUGCUGCAGGGAGGCCCUGAAGGCUCUCAGGCCAGAGUGCUUUAUCUACACUUUAUCUGCUGUCGUCAUUCACCAUGGAAAAGGAUUCGGCUCAGGACACUACACUGCCUACUGCUACAAUUCUGAAGGAGGGUUCUGGGUACACUGCAAUGAUUCCAAGCUAAGCAUGUGCACUAUGGAUGAAGUACGCAAGGCCCAAGCUUAUAUCUUAUUUUAUACUCAGCGAGUUACUGAGAAUGGACAUUCUAAACUCUUGUCUCCUGAGCUCCUAUCCAGUAGCCAACAUCCCACUGAAGAAACCGAUGUCUCUUCUAAUGAAGUCCUUAGCUGAUCCACACAGUGGGCUCUUGUUAUUUGUAUAUAUACUUUUUAAAUGGGCUGACUUACGAUGCUGAGCUUCAUUGUUUUCAUUUUUUAAUUAUGAUCAGUGCAUGCUAUG